GCUGCCUUCGAUACUGUGAACCAUCAGAUCCUCCUCUCCACCCUCUCCGAGUUGGGCAUCUCCGGCGCGGCCCACGCUUGGAUUGCGUCCUACCUGACAGGUCGCUCCUACCAGGUGGCGAAUCGCAUCUCUGCAUGUCUGGCAGACAUAUCAGUGUGGAUGACGGAUCACCACCUCAAGCUGAACCUCGGCAAGACGGAGCUGCUCUUCCUCCCGGGGAAGGACUGCCCGUUCCAUGAUCUCGCCAUCACGGUUGACAACUCCAUUGUGUCCUCCUCCCAGAGCGCCAAGAACCUUGGCGUGAUCCUGGACAACACCCUGUCGUUCUCAACUAACAUCAAGGCGGUGGCCCGUUCCUGUAGGUUCAUGCUCUACAACAUCCGCAGAGUACGACCCUGCCUCACACAGGAAGCGGCGCAGGUCCUAAUCCAGGCACUUGUCAUCUCCCGUCUGGAUUACUGCAACUCGCUGUUGGCUGGGCUCCCUGCCUGUGCCAUUAAACCCCUUCAACUCAUCCAGAACGCCGCAGCCCGUCUGGUGUUCAACCUUCCCAAGUUCUCUCACGUCACCCCGCUCCUCCGUUCUCUCCACUGGCUUCCAGUUGAAGCUCGCAUCCGCUACAAGACCAUGGUGCUUGCCUACGGAGCUGUGAGGGGAACGGCACCUCAGUACCUCCAGGCUCUGAUCAGGCCCUACACCCAAACAAGGGCACUGCGUUCAUCCACCUCUGGCCUGCUCGCCUCCCUACCACUGAGGAAGUACAGCUCCCGCUCAGCCCAGUCAAAACUGUUCGCUGCCCUGGCCCCCCAAUGGUGGAACAAACUCCCUCACGACGCCAGGACAGCGGAGUCAAUCACCACCUUCCGGAGACACCUGAAACCCCACCUCUUUAAGGAAUACCUAGGAUAG